AGGCACCUGAUGGACGGUCACCCCGCACACGAGACCACAGAGCCAGUGACGGCCGAGCCUCUCUCCAGCCUGCCGCCACCAUGAAGCUGGCCGUCACCCUCGCCCUGGCCACCCUGGCUCUCUGCCGCCGCCCUGGCCCGGCAUUUGCCUCGCAGGCAGACCCUGCCGGCGAGCUGCCAUCUUGGGAAAGUGUUGCUGAUUCGGCAGAGAACUGCUUGGACUUCAUCGUGAAAACCUUCUUCGUGAGCAUGCUUUCCAGUCACGAGGUCUCGGUGGAACUCUUCAGCCCUGAUGCAGACCUGAGAGAUGCGGCCAGAAAGCUACAGGGGCUGGUGGGCACCCUCCCCCAGCAGGACCAGGACAGCAUCAGGAGGGCCAUGGUAGGCGCUUCCUCCGCCCAGCUGCUGGGGGGUGGGCUCCCCAAGUCCCUCGGCUGCAUUUUUUGGACCCUCUCCUCAUCCAGAGAGGGGGGUCCCAAUGCAGACGUCCCGGGGGAGGGAGGGAUGGCGGGCAGGCACAGUCACUUCACCUGAGGUCACCAGCCUCCUGAGGACUCAUCAAAGCCCUUAGGAGCCCACCUCCUCCCACAGCAGGGAACCUCUUAGUUGACAAUGAAAUCUCCGUGUGUCUCAUCGUCUUGGUCUAACAUCGAGGUUCGCGCACUCUUAGACGA